AUAGAACAGCCUGAGUUUGACGUUUUCCUCAAGCAAGAGCAGGAACAGAAGAUCUCCGCCCAGAUCUUUCGAGAAUAUCUGACUUAUCUGAAUCGGCUGGGAACCUUGCUGGGAGGAAAUCCAGACAAGGUGCAAGAACAUGCCUCUAUGUCCAUUGCCAUUGCCUCGCGGCUGUUCCAGUUCCUGAAACCCGUGGAGCCACGUCGGGCACCUGGCGAGCUCUACCACAUGGUCACUAUUGACCAACUGCAGGAAAUGGCCCCUACCAUCGACUGGUUGUCCUGCUUGCAAGCGACAUUCACACCGAUGACCCUGAGCCCCUCCCAACCCCUCAUGGUUCAUGACCUGGAGUAUUUGAAAAACAUGUCACAACUGAUAGAAGAUGAGCUGUCGAAGCACAGGUUUGCUCCAG